CUGCUCCUAGCUCUGUAACAUUUGCACCCCAGGUGGGAGCCGGGUGCUUUCAGUCCCACCGCCCCGCACCUACGCAGGGCAGGACCUGGGGGUGACGCAGCAGGUUGGCACGCAGCGGUGCUGGGUGCUUUGCAGGAGGCAGAGCUCAGCACACCUGGAGCUGCCCCUGGCCAACAGCCAGCAUCACCCAGCCGCGGGGCUUGCACAACGCGGGGCGUGGUGCUCGGCUCCCAGCUCAGCUCCCUUCCUGCCCCACUGCAGACACAUGGACGGGAGCAGCAGCAGGCUGAGGUGAGCGCUGGGUGCAGGGGGGGGGGCUGUGCAGCAUCGCCCAUGGAGCCCUCAGGGAUGGGGAUGCGGGGGAUUUGCAGGGCUGUCAGGGGGGGAUGGUGAAAGGCCAGUGAUCCUCGUGGGAUAUGGAGCAGUGAUGGGCUCCAGGCUUCGCUCACCAGCUUUUGGGUGAGGAUGGGUACGUGGCAGCUCCCUGCUCCUGAUCUCACAGCAGAUGUGUAGGAAGGGCCAGGAGGAAGUGCUGGGCUUGCUCACACUCCAGCAGGGCUGAGUGGUUUCUGGGCAGUAUUUGAGGAUCUGUUCCUUCCGCACAGCCCCAGGACACGUAGAACCAAGGUGCCACGCCACGUAGAACCAAGCAGUGAGGGGAUCCCGAGCACUGCCCUGUGACUGUGCUGCCAACCAUGCCCCAAACUGGGAUCUUCCCACCCCGCAGCCCUCGGUGAGCAGGGACGGAACCGGAGCCUCUUGCAGGUGUCUGAUUCUGACUGCAGCUAUCACCACUCACCAUGGAUUGGAAGACACUGCAGGGGCUGCUCAGUGGGGUCAACAAAUACUCCACAGCCUUCGGUCGUAUCUGGCUCUCCGUGGUCUUUGUCUUCCGUGUCCUGGUCUACGUGGUGGCAGCUGAGCGCGUCUGGGGGGAUGAGCAGAAGGACUUUGACUGCAAUACACGCCAGCCAGGCUGCACCAACGUCUGCUACGACCACUUCUUCCCCAUCUCCCACAUCCGCCUCUGGGCUCUGCAGCUCAUCUUUGUCACUUGUCCCUCCCUGCUGGUCAUCAUGCACGUGGCUUACCGCGAGGACCGCGAGAAAAAGAACAGGGAGAAGAAUGGGGAGAAUUGCCCCAAGCUGUACAGCAACACAGGCAAGAAGCACGGUGGGCUGUGGUGGACUUACCUGCUCAGCCUCUUCUUCAAGCUCAUCAUAGAGAUCCUGUUCCUCUACCUCCUCCACAAGAUGUGGGACAGCUUCGACUUGCCACGGUUGGUCAAGUGCACCAACGUGGAGCCCUGUCCCAACACUGUAGACUGCUACAUCGCUCGGCCAACCGAGAAGAGAGUCUUCACUUAUUUCAUGGUCGGGGCCUCUUCCAUCUGCAUCGUCCUCACUGUCUGUGAGAUCUUCUACCUCAUCUUCAAGCGCGUUGUCCGGAGCACACGCAAGUGGAAGAAGUCCAUCAAGCGCUCUAUGAGCUACAGCAAAGCCUCCACCUGCCAGUGCCACCUCAAGGCGGAGGAGAGGGAGAACAAGGCCCUGAAUAGAGGAGAGGAGCUGUAACCUUCCCUGUUCCAGCCAGCUUGCCUUCCCCUCGGACCAUGAGCUUUUCAAGCCUACAAAGUUCCCAAACUCUGGAUAUUUGACCUCUAUGAAAAAUUAUUAAACCCAACGAAGUCCCCUGAGAGAGGACUGUGGGGUGACUGAGAAAACACAGGUAAGGGAAGAGCAGCCCCUGAGCUCUGGCUGCACCCAGUGGUGCUUGGACAUCAUGCUGACACAUGGACACCAAUCACAAGCUCUGCUAAGCAGCCACCAAGCUGCCUCCAGUGGGGACAAAGCCAUUGUGCUGGGAGGGCACACAGGACUAGGACCAGCAGGAGGGAGCAGCCAGAGGCUCCAACAGCUCCUAUUGAGUUUCCUGUGCUGCUGCUCCUAUGCUGGGUACAAAUGCAUUGAGCAGCGCCCAGCCCGGGCUGCUGGUGCCCAUCAUAUGGUGCUGCUGCAUUGGCCCAGGACAGGCAGGAACAGCUUCUCUCUCUCUCUGCUCAUGCAAGCACCUCGCUGACGUCCUGCCCAAGUGGCUUUUCUGGCUCUGCUGCUUCCCUCUGCUCCCACCCCUUGCCUCAGACGGAUGUGUCAUUCACAUUAGCAAUGAAUCCAAGGUGUCAAUAAACGUUUCAUUGUAGACAUUGGGAUCUGCUCUGCUUGCUGGAAAUUGCAGGGGGGAGGUGAGGGCUGAAGAAAUGGAUUUGUGUUGGUUCCUCAGGUGCCCCUGGUGGGUUCAGCCCCCUGGCCUUGUUCCUGGUAUCCACCUGCCCCCUCCCCUCCCACUUGUCACACAUUGUUAAACUUUAAUUCACCAGAACUGCACGCUGGCCCCCAAGGAAAUCAAGGCGAGAUCAGCAUCAAUCAUUUACUAAACCUUGAUAAAUAUUACAAUAAAUAGAAAUGAUUUCCACUUAAUCUCUCCCUAAGCAGCUGUAUGCGGAGGGUCUGCUCAACCCACGCUUUUCCAAAUCCACACACGUAUUGCAGCAGGUGCUGCCAUGGCUGGGGCUUGUGCUGCACCGAAAGGCAGUGACAAUGAUGCCCAUGUGGGAUGGUGACGCAUCUCCACUGCUCAGCACUUUGUCACUUGUACCAUCUGUGGUGCCAGACUUGGGCACCCCGCACCAGAGGACAGAUAUCACAGGUAUCUGAUCAGGAUGUGCCUUUGCAACCAGUGUGGGGUCUGCACUGAGGUGCCCACGUGGCUUUCUGGAGAACUGUGGCCGGUGUGGGUGAAGCAACAUGGGAGCUGGUGCAUCCACAAGUGGGGACAGCUCUAUUUCCUUUGUGGUUUUGGGGCUGCUCCCCAGAGGUGAUCAUUUCCGCCCAUCAGGGGCUGGCAGGGUGCAGAGCAUCACUGGGGACAGACGCAAUGAGGGGACACGUCACAGCAGCAGCCACAACUUCGGGCUGGUGGGAAGGGGGAAGUGGUGACCCUGCUGAGCUGGCUGGGAGAUGGGUGCUGGACACCUGGUGCCACAGCACGUGGAUGUUACCCAAUGCAAUUAAUAUAUAUUAAACGUAACGAGGCUGUUCUGGCUCCACCUCUGCUCAGACCUGUCUGUGAGGAGGAAAUGCCACGUCCUGGUGGGGAGAGGCAGAAGUUUCCUGGCCCAGUUUCUGCUUGGAUUGCCCAAGGUCUGCCGCUCCCAUGCAGCCUGUGCUGUGUGCCAUCCCAUGCAGCUGGGAGGACACAAAUGGGGGUUUUUGUCCCCCAGAGUAUCUGAACUUAACCCUGCGCAUAAAAUAUCAGCAUCUGCUCACAUUGCUUUCCUGUAUCAGCCCCAACUCCGGUCCCCUCACUAAGAACAAAACCACUCAGGGCAUCCGCACCGCGGCCUCCCAGUGCUGCCCCACAGCCUCCCGCUGUCCCCAAACCCUCCCUUAUCUCAGCCGGGCUCUGCUCAAACCAGACGGCAGCCGCGGCCCGGUGCCUUUGCCCGAGCUCAGCCUGCGAUGUGGCUCCAGCACCACCCAGCGCCCACGCCGCGCACGGCCCCGCUCCACGAGCGCCUGGAGGAGCGAAAUAUCCCAAACCCCGCAGUAACGGACCGGCCCCGAGGGCAGCAUCCUCCGGGUACGGCCGUACGGGGCCGGAGCAUCUCCCAUCGGGUGUCCCCGCGGCCGUCCCCGCCUCCUCGGCUGCAGAGGAGCUUUGAACGGGUGCGGGACGCUCAGCCGCCGAGCUCUCCCCGCAGGACUGCGGGGGAACAACGGGGCACGGCCAUUCCCACCGCUUUCUGUCCCCGUCUCCCCCCCUGGAGCUGUCGGACCCCCCCCGGCUCCUCUCCCCCACCCCGUCCCGUACUGCUUUGACUCCGACGGACGGCCCCAGCGCACCGAUUCGCGUUUGGGUCGCGCACAACUUCUCUC